GUGUGUCGUUAUAGAUUAAAGACGAUCUUUGUUGCCUCCCAUCAGUCUGCAGCAGCAUCCGUAGCUUUCAGCCAUUUUCCACCUGUUUCAUUUGGCUGCCGAAUACGAUCCUCCUCGCCUUCGACACCGGCUGUCGUCACACCCCUCUCCGCUGGACCAGCUGUUGGGAUGCAGACAGUGUUCGGACAGAUGAGCGAGCAGCACCCGGUAAAUCUGUGCUGGAGUCCGCUAGAGCUGAACCGGUGAAGCAUCAUGGGCAGUGGCUGAUGAUCAAACCAACUACGGGCCAACCGCUGACACACCAACUUGGCAUGGAUCAGGCUUCAAGUUUAAAUUCUCUGAAGAAGCUGGCAGCGGAACCAGACUACACUGACGUGACGUUGACAGCAGCAGAGCGUGUGCGAGCUCUGGCAAAAAUGGGAUGCUGCAUAGAGAUUAAUGAGGAUAUUGAACCCAGACGCUACUUCCGCUCCGGAGUGGAGAUGGAGCGCAUGGCAGCAGUUUACCUGGAGGAGGGCAGCCUGGAGAAUGCAUAUGUCCUCUACACUAAGCUCAUCACGCUGUUUGUGGAGAAGUUGCCAAACCACAGGGAUUACAAACAGUGUUCGGCCAUCCCAGAAAAGCAGCUCAUCAUGAAGAAACUCCAAGAAGUCGCUUUUCCUCGGAAGGAGGCGCUGAAAAAACGUCUUCAGGAGAAAUACACCAAGGAGCAUUCAGAGUACCUCAGAGUGCAGGGCCAGGCCAUGAAGGUGGAUGGGUGUGGUCAGCACCUGCAGCAGCUCUCUUUGUUGGACGAGGACAGACAGCGCCUCUUGCUGCUGGAGGAGGAGAAGCAGCGAGUAGCAGCACUGCGACGGAUGCAGAUAGAGUCAGAACAGUUUCGCUACUUUGAGGAUCAGCUGAGGCGUCAGGAGCUGGCUAAUAAGAGAGGAGAGGAGGCAAUGCUGAAGGUGCAGACCAAAGUGCCUGAGGUCUCAGAUGGCUGCUGUUUGUCUAAGCAGUCGAUCAAAAGCAGCGUAUAUUCUCAGAGGGUGGACCCAAACAGAAACAGGUCUGUUACUGUGACCCAACCAGUUGCCGCGUUAGCAGGAAUACACAAUCAGAGGGUGGAGGGUCUGAGGCGGGUGGUGAUUCCCAGAGAUCUGACGUAUCGGUUCCUUCUGCUGGCUGACUCCAACACGGCCAGAGGAAUAGAAACCUGCGGUGUCCUCUGUGGACGGUUGACCCAUAACGAAUUUGUGCUGACUCAUGUGGUGAUCCCAAAACAAUCAGCUGGACCGGAUUUCUGUGACAUGGAAAAUGUGGAGGAGCUGUUUGGAUUUCAGGACCAACAGAACCUGCUAACAGUGGGGUGGAUUCAUACCCAUCCCUCCCAGACUGCAUUCCUGUCCAGUGUGGACCUCCACACUCACUGUUCCUACCAGCUGAUGCUUCCGGAGGCGCUGGCCAUUGUUUGUGCUCCAAAACACAAUGAUAUGGGUGUGUUCAGACUCACUGGUGCGGGCAUGUUGGAAGUUUCUCGAUGCAGACAAAAAGGUUUCCAUCCCCACUCCAAGGAGCCUCCUCUGUUCAUGGUCUGUAAGCACGUGGUGGUCAAGGACUACAAACUCAACCUGUUGGACCUCAGAUGACAGAAGGAAAGCACUGCCCUUCUGUUUACUGCCAUGCUUUUGUGCUAAAGAGGAAGCUGUAAACUCAUUGCCUUUGUUUGUGUGAACCUAUCGGCUGCUCUCACAGUGGCACAUCUCUGUUUUUCUGCUUCUUUUAUGUGAUGCAGUAGACUGGGUUUUCUGUACCUAAAAAAACAUCAGAAGUCAUCAGAAGAUUGAGUGCCUUCACAUUGAAACAUACAGUACAAAUUAUGCUGCAACCCUAUGGACUUUAUAUGAACAUAUAUUUCCUGAAUCUGCUGUGAAAUGUUAUUUUUUUUCACUCGUGUUUUAAACACAAUAGUUGGGAUUUUCCUCUUCAGUGGUGUUAGAAAAACACCAAAACCUUUUGAAAAUACUGUUUUGUUUUUUACUCUUCAAUUUUUGAUCCUCUGAAAAGCUCAGAAACCUGCAGCUGAUCUGUUCAGACUUUGCAUCCAUGUGAGACAUGAGAACAUCAAAUUCAUAACUGAAGAUCAUAAAUAGUCAGUCUACAGGUUUCCCUUUUGUGUUCAUGGUUUUACCUCAAAUUAACAGGCUAGCUGCAGUUGCAUAGAACCCAUAGAGCUCUGCCUGAAAACAGUACUCAGGGCUUUAACAAUGCUGUAAGCUACAGUCAUAAAGCGACUGUAGCUUUAUGAACGACUCAGUUGAUCCAGUUAGUGUUCUGAAAGAAUAAAUAUAGUUCAUUCUUGAUGUGGCAAAGUCAAAAUGAGGCCCUAAUAUUUUAAUCAGUUAGUUACCAUAGAAACCUCAAGUCUGCUGGUCACUCUGGGCUGAUUGGACUGCUCACACCAUGGUAACUCUUAGUCCACAGGUCACCUACAGUAUGUCAACAGCAAAAUCUGAAAUAAUGUAAAACUAUUUACUGCCAAAGAAACAGAAAGUUUUAAUUAUUUCUACAUAUAACUACCCAACCUACACACUAGUAAUAAUAAUAGAUUUUAUUUAUGAUGGACUUUAUGAUAAAUGGUCUGUAUGUUCAGACCAUUCAGUCAUUUACCCAUUCACACACUGAUGGUGGCAAACUAGAGGAUUGUGGCCCCAGCUGCCCUGGAGCACACUGACAGAGGAGAGGCUGCCAUGCACCAACGCCACCAGGCAAGGUGAGUUAAGUAUCUUAACUAAAGACACAAUGACAGAAGAGGAUGGAGCAGGAAUCAAACUGGCAACCUAUCAAUUGCAAGACAAAUGCCUACAACCAUUGCCACCAUUAAUCCUUUUUAUCUUAAGAUCCAAAAGGUGUGUAUAUGUCAGGGAUUAACUGAGGAUUUUCUGUAUUUGAACUUUUUUAAAAAGAAAAAAACCCCUGAAAAUUCGAAGCCCAUCCAUCAUUUGGACAGAUUAUAAUUCACAUCCUUGACUGGUGCAUACUGCGAUGGACAGGCGACCUGUCCAGGGUGACCCCGCCUCUCGCCCGAAACAUUCGCUGGAGAUAGGUAUCCGUGCCCUCCUGACCCCACUAGGGAUAAAGGUGUAAGAAAAUGGAUGGAAGGAUGGACAGGUGCAUAUGGCCAGACAUGAUAAACAUAUACAACUAAAGUAUUUAAGGGCAAUAAAAAGAGCACUUUGAUUGAUAUGCCCCCUUUUUAGUUUUUUUUUUCUACAUUUUUUGUUUCAGAAAUUCGCAUUUUGUUUAUUAUAACCAGUGAGAGAAACUAAUCUUAUUUUUCUGAUGAAAAUACAGAUGAAACAUUUUAAUACUAAAAUCAGUUAAUAACAUUAAAAAUUUGGAAAUUUGAAAAGCUAUCUAGUAAAUGUUUAUAUGGAAUUGAAUUUAAAGAACUAAAUGAAAAUCUGCAGCAUUUUUGUUGUAGAAUAAAUGUCUUUUUCUGUAUGGAUUAGAGCCUUAUACGGAAACUGCAUACUGAAUGUUUAUCUCUUGACAUUUCUUUAAACCUGCUAAAUGACAUUUACCAGAACUGACCUUUGUCUCAUAUUCAUAUUACAAACUUUUUGUGUACAUUUUUUUCAAUGAUGUGCAUUGACAAAGAGAAUACUGUAAUCUCACCAGCAGAUGGCGAACAACAACCUUUUUUUAUAAAGAAAAAUUGAAAAGAAAUCUAAAAAAUUUUAGCCAACCAAUCUUAGAUAUUUGCUUACAAAGAGUUCAGUUUUGGUGACUAUCAUCAAUGGAGUCUCAUGCUCUUUGUCAACUUAGAUGCUUAUUUACCUAACCGACUAACGUAAGAGAGGGUAAACGCCACCUGAAGAGUGGGGAGGGAGAGAAACCUAAGUGAGAGCGGGGAUUGACGUAAAUAACGUGAGGGGGCGGGGCACAAUACUAAUAAGGGGUAAAAAACGGUACCUUCCCAGAAAAACGGGAGACUUCACGGAUAUGACUGUGGUGCCCCCGGCAGCACAAACAUGUCAGAAUUGCUGUACUUCCAGGAACUACGAAAGCAACAGCUCCCUCUUUUUUUUUUUUUACCUUUAUGACACUGCCUUACAUGAACAUAAAAAAUAAAUUACAGUUUUACUCACAGACAAAAUGGUUAUGUAAAAACAUUUUAAGAUUUGAGUGCCGAACAGCGCGGCUAAUUAUGACUAGCACAUAUGAGCAAAUAAACAAUAAUAAUUAGAUCUAAAAUACUGUCAGUUAAUAACUGUUUUAAAUUGAAGGUAGGAAAAGUGUUAUCUAUUUUUUAUACCAUUUGUAAAAUGAUGUCUUGCUGUGGGUUGCUUUGGCUCAUUUCAUAUAAAUGAGGAAAUAUUACAUACAAUAAUACACAAUUGACCAAAAUUAACAACUUUCGUUGUUAAAACGUUAUUGCCAUCGUAAUUCACUUAUUUAAUCCGAAUCUCGUGCUGCUCAGAAGGAAUGGCAGUGGGCACAGAAUCUUUGAAAAACUAAAAUAACAUGUUAAAACAUACAUUUAAAUUCUAACUGUAUUUUAAGUACAAUGUGAGUGAUGUAAUUUUGGAUAUUUUAGUCUUUUAGUUUGGAACAACUUAAACGUUUGUUAUGACUUUGUGUAGAAUUAAAUCAAAGAGAUGUGAACUAUUAAUUAGAAAAAAAUAAAUGAUUUGAGAAACAGU